AAGCCAGCAAUCCCAGUCUGGGAAUUCGUUCCAUUCCAUGUUUGAAUACGCUUCGUGUUUUGCUUCCAAUCCGCCGUUCUUGCUGGAUGAUCCGUGUCCCUCUGGAGUGUGAAGUGAGGAGAGAGCUGGAUAUGGGACGGUGGCUACGUUUCCCCGCGUUCUCAGGAUAACCGUGUGUGAGAGAGGGAUUGUGGAAGCUUGGUUCUGGCUGUAAAUUCCCACCAUUUGAAUCACAAUCGGACACACUGGGGUUGAAAACAAAACCACUAAAUCAAUGUUAGCCUGGCAAGCUGGCUUCGCUGCGGGAGAUGCGCGCGAACACAAUGGGAGACAACGCACUCACUUCGCUUGGAGGAAUACAGCGUUGCAAUAAUAUUAUUCUACAAUAAUGGGAAUACUGUCGUGGUGGAUCUUGAAGCAAUAUACCCGGACUCUCUGUUGCCUGAACCCGGGAUAUUUGUAGAUUUGUUUGCUGUGAAAAUAAUUACUCUGUAAGCGACUCCAGUCUGGGAAGGAACCGUGGGCAUUUUUUGCACAAGCGAUGCAUUUUGAGAGGGAGAGAAGCCGGACAUGCCCUAAAUGAAGACUGUGCUUGUUUGGUUGCUACAUUACAUUUGUUGCCAGUUUAUAAAUCCACCGGGAUGUGAAAGGAAUUUAUUUCCGGCGUCGAAUUCUCAUGCCUUUUUGCACAUCUUGAUUAUUUUAGUAGUACAACUAAUUUGAUAUAGUAAUCGUUUAAUUGUAGUAUUAUUACAAAUAGCCUACUAUUACUUCCUUAUUAUUAGACGACAUCAAAGGACCAGUGUCAGGAAGUCAUUUUCCCGUUCAAAGUAACGUCUGGCCCACUCGUGUAGCCUAUUCAGUAGCCCCUAUUUCAGUUCAUGUCCCUAGAGAAUGUACCUUCUUGACGGUAAUUGCGAAAGGAUGGAACGAGGAACGCCACAAAGGAAAACAGUGUACCGGAUCUCUCUCACCUUGGUAAAGAAAGAGAGCUUGGAGGAGGAGGAUGGUGUUAGCUGCGGGAGCUCGGGACCACGACGUCUCGAGAACCCCAAAGUGGGCGCUUACCGUCGCGAGGUCUCCUCGGAGCUCCAGAGGAGUUGUCUGCUGGAAGAGCUGAAAGAAGUCGAGGAUGAAAGCGACGAGUUCCACUCACACAAUAACUACAUGAGAAAUUUCAGGACAUUCAGCACAGGACAAUUAGAAAUGGGAAGGCUUAAAAUUAAAAAGAAGGCUCAUCAGUUACAUAAAGAGUUAAAGGAAACGGCCACUAGCCCCUCCACAGAGCACGGAAACAACAGCCAGGCCUCAGAGAACACUAAGGCCUCAGAGAAGACUAUGUCACCACAGAGUCAGAAGAAAUCACAGGGGAUAAGCUGGACACAGGAAAGCUCAGAAACUGACUUGAGGCUUAAAGGGGAUAUUUGCACUGAGACUGAAAAAACCUUGCGAACAUCUGCUGCCAAUGGGGAGAAUGGGAGUGCUGAUAAGAAGAAAAGGCUUCUGAAAGCCAAGAGCACAGAGGAGAAGGGCAGUGAUGCUCUAACUAAUGGGGACGGGGUUAAGGACAAGUUGUGUGCAUCCAAAAGUAACGGGAAAGCCGCCAAGGCCUCUCCCGAGACCCCGCCACUGAAGAGGCACCCCAGCCUGCUUCGCCGGAGCUUCAGUUUCCGCCACUGGUCGGGUGGCGAACUGCUCCGCAUCCGGGCCCUCUCCAAAGACAAGCACCACAGCAGCUCCGGGUGCAUCGGCCGCGGAGACGGAUCAGCCGGGGACGACAACCAGACCCCCCAGUCCACAGUCCUCCAGAACCCGGCUUACGAUGAGACGGGACCGCCUAAACGAAACACGUUAGAAGUCGGGGCUGUCCUCAACAAGACUGACUCGAUGACUGAGCUGAGCCGCUGGGAACGAGCGAAAGGCAAAAACCGCACAUUGGACAACAGCGACCUGCUCACUCUUUCGAUGAAGAGUGUGUCGGAGAAGGAGGGGUUUCUGCGUGGCACCGGCGCCCGCUCCAGUGGCUCGGACCGUCGGCUGGUCAGGUUUUUCAGCGGUAUCUUCUCCAGGAAGGAGGGAGGGAGGAUGUCUACCUCCACUCCGGUGGGCAGCCCCAGCACUAACCGCUCCCUGAGGAAGGGGAAGAGGGGUGGUCUCAUGGCCUACUCCCAGUCCAGCACAGAGAGUGUUAACGGAGGAGGAGGCCUGUCAUCAGAGGACGCCUUCGUGAACAGCCAGGAGUGGACCCUGAGCCGAUCGGUACCAGAACUCAAAGUGGGCAUUGUGGGUAACCUGGCCAGUGGGAAGUCUGCGCUGGUCCACAGGUACCUGACAGGAACAUACGUCCAGGAGGAAUCUCCAGAAGCUGACGUGGAUGCAGGGGGCCGUUUUAAGAAGGAGAUAGUGGUGGAUGGACAGAGCAACCUGCUGCUAAUCAGAGAUGAAGGGGGCCCUCCAGAGGCUCAGUUUGCCCUGUGGGUGGAUGCGGUGAUAUUUGUGUUCAGUCUGGAGGAUGAGAUCAGUUUCCAGACAGUCUACCAUUACUACAGCCGCAUGGCUAACUACCGCAACACUGCUGAGGUACCUCUGGUGCUGGUGGGAACGCAAGAUGCUAUCAGCUCAGCCAAUCCCCGGGUCAUCGACGACACACGAGCACGCAAGCUGUCCAAUGACCUGAAGCGCUGCACCUACUAUGAGACGUGCGCCACCUACGGCCUCAAUGUGGAACGGGUCUUCCAGGACGUGGCCCAGAAGAUCGUGGCGACCAGGAAGCAGCAGCUGUCCAUUGGUCCGUGCAAGUCCCUCCCCAACUCCCCUAGCCACUCCUCUGUGUGUUCUGCACAGGUGGCUGCAGCAGUACACAUCAGCCAGCAGACCAGUAAUGGCGGUGGCAGCCUGAGUGACUACUCCUCGUCAGUACCCUCCACGCCCAGCACCAGUCAGAAGGAGCUACGCAUCGACGUCCCCCAGACCGCCAACACCCCCACCCCCGUCCGCAAGCAGUCCAAACGCCGCUCCAACCUCUUCACUUCUCGGAAGGCCAGCGAACCAGACAGGGACAAGAAAGGACUGGAGGGCCGAGCGGACAGCAUUGGAAGCGGCCGCGCUAUCCCAAUUAAGCAGGGCAUGCUUCUGAAGAGGAGUGGCAAGACCCUGAACAAGGAGUGGAAGAAGAAGUAUGUGACGUUGUGUGACAACGGCCUGCUCACCUAUCACCCCAGCCUGCACGACUACAUGCAGAACGUCCAUGGGAAGGAGAUAGAUCUGUUGAGGACCACAGUGAAGGUCCCAGGGAAGAGGCCUCCCAGAGCGGUGUCUACCUGUGCUGCUGUCCCCAGCCCGAAGACCAACGGCCUGGCCAAGGACAUGAGCAGUCUGCAGCUGGGACCUGGUGGCCCUGGCUCUGUGACCAGUAGUUUGUCUACCUCUCAGAUGGCCAGUGGGAUCAGCUUGGUGUCCUUUAACAGUCGUGGUGACGGCAUGCACCAGAGAUCCUACUCAGUCUCCUCCGCCGACCAAUGGAGCGAGGCCACCGUCAUCGCCAACUCAGGAGUCAGCACAGACACUGGCCUGGGAGACUCUGUGUGCUCCAGCCCCUCCAUCUCCAACACCACCAGCCCUAAGAUGGACCCGCCCCCCUCGCCGCACGCCAACCGCAAGAAGCACCGCCGGAAGAAGAGCACCAGCAACUUCAAAGCUGACGGCCUCUCUGGUACUGCGGAAGAACAAGAGGAGAACUUCGAGUUGACCAUUGUGUCUUUGACGGGCCAGACGUGGCACUUUGAGGCCACCUCGUACGAGGAGAGAGAUGCCUGGGUCCAGGCCGUCGAGAGCCAAAUCCUAGCCAGCCUGCAGUCCUGUGAGAGCAGCAAGGCCAAGUCACGUCUGACCAGCCAGUCUGAGGCCAUGGCCUUACAGAAUGUGAGGAGCCUGAGAGGGAACUCUCGCUGUGUGGACUGUGAGGCCCAGAACCCCGACUGGGCCAGUCUGAACCUGGGAGCGUUGAUCUGUAUCGAGUGUUCAGGAAUCCACAGGAACCUGGGGACCCACCUAUCUCGUGUUCGGUCCCUUGACCUGGAUGAGUGGCCCCUGGAGCUCCUCAAGGUCAUGACCUCUAUAGGCAACGAGCUGGCCAAUGGCGUGUGGGAGGGCAACGCACAGGGACACCUCAAACCAGCGCCCGAUGCCACCAGGGAGGAGCGUGAGCGUUGGAUCCGGGCUAAGUACGAGCAGCGGUUGUUCCUGGCGUCGCUCUCGGGGAUGGACCUAUCCCUGGGCCAGCAGCUGCUGAGGGCCACGGCUGAGGAGGACCUGCGCUCCGUCAUCCUGCUCCUGGCUCACGGCUCCCGGGAACAGGUCAACGAGACGUGUGGAGAGGGAGACGGACGCACCGCCCUUCACCUGGCGUGCCGCAAGGGCAACGUGGUCAUCACACAGCUCCUCAUCUGGUACGGGGUGGAUCUGAUGGCGAGGGACGCCCAUGGUAACAGUGCGCUGGCAUACGCACGGCAGGCCAGCAGCCAGGAGUGUGUUGACACGCUGCUGCAGUACGGCUGUCCCGAUGAACGCUACCCGCUUAUGGCCACGCCCAACCUGUCCCGACGCAACACCAACCGCAACAACAGCUGCAGCAGCACGGGCAGCACUGCACUCAUAUAAACACUACCGCCCCCUUCAGGAGGCCUCCGGUACUGCGACUCGCAGGGUAUUAACAGGCUAAACACACAAUGUGGCAUUGUCUGCAUAUUACACACUCAACAUCCUGACUGGAAAAAAACGGACAUUUUUGGAAGUGAGAGACUUAGGAGAAAAUGGCUGAACUCUUUUGGGAACCACUACUUCUGCACUCCUUGUCUUAGAGCCCUAGUUGACCCCUGACCCUUAAACCCUCUCCACUCUGCCACUAAUCUCACACAGAAGACCCUAGCACUCCUGUUGAAGUUGUAGUUGAUGAAACCCUCUGUCCACCCUUUGGGCUCUCUGCCCCACAUCAUGAUGACAACAGUUUUUGGGAGAGGCCCCCUCCC